AUGCUCCGCCACUUCAAGCUACCGCACCUCCUGCCUCUCGCCGUGGCCACGGCCCACGCCAUUGGCGGCCUGGUCUCGCCCCUGCUCGACCCUGAAGGCGCGAUCCUGAUGUUUGGACUCCCUCAACAAAUCGCGGAGUCGCCGGCCGCGCAGUCUGUGUUUCCCUCGGGAUCGAUACGCACCAGCGCCUUUGGGGUCCUCGUCUGGGUGUUUUACCUGCAGCGCAUGCUGGAGGAGAUGGACACGGUGAACCUCGUCAUGGGUGUUUGGCUUGGAUUCGCAGACUCUUACGUCUGUUGGAUGGCCGGCGUGCCGGUGGGCUGCUGA